ACGGUGCAUCGGCGCCUAUGAAAAAGAAGAGCGGGGAGACAUUAGAAUUAGAGAGGAGGGAUCGCAAGUCAGAAGAAAGAGUACAUGCUCGGGAUGGGUAACUGUAACGAGGCGACUAUUACAUUCGGAUAGUUACGCGGCUAGGGGCAGGACGAUUUAUAUCGGGUCUCACGGGUUCGCGAUAGAGUUUGUUAUCAAACGAACGCGCGGUUGCUUUCGCGGUGAAACAUAUUCAGGGAAAUUCGCUGUAAGGACCAUGAUAUGACGAGGAGAGGGUAGCAUGCGGCGGGACUACGUGAAGAAGCAAUGGAGAACACUGCGACCGCUUCGCACCAUCAACUCCGUUUCUUCGGUGCUGUAUUUUCUGCUGAGUUUGGGGUUGUAUUCGUUGGUAGCCGGUAUCACCUUGCAAGACAUGGAAAAGGGUACUGUAGACCUGGUGGAAGGUACCGGAAUGCAGCAGGAGCCCCAAGGAGUAACGCUAAUAGAGAAUCGUUGUCACAGGAACGAAUCGAUCGCGUAUGAGAUCGCGAGCAGUGCAGUACUGACGAUCACUACGAAUACACUGUUCCCCGCCGGCAUAUCUCGUGAUUUUUCCAUCUUAGUCGUUGCUAAACCAAAAAUCGGGUAUCCGGCUGCCACGCUGUUUGCCAUCUACAGCGAUAGUGGGGAGGAACAGUUGGUGCUGUCACUGGGUAGUGAUGUCACCCUUUACUACAGCACAACCCCGGAUAAUGAGGACAAAUCCAUUUCGUUUGGGGUUGAUAUUUCUGACGGAAAAUGGCAUCGUUUGGGAAUCAGUAUCAAAGGGGACGCUGUUACGCUGAUCGUCGAUUGUAGCCAUCAAGUUACGAAAGAAUUACGCAGAAACCUCGAGGAAACGGUCAGCAUUAGUGGUAUCAUAAUCAUUGGCCAGCAGCUUGUUGAUGGCAACGUAUAUCUGGGUGGUUUAGAGAUACUGAAGAUUGCUCCAGUUCCAGACGCAGCUUACGAGAUUUGUACGAUCUAUGCACCGGAUUGUAACAAUCAGACGAAAUACUUGGCAGAGCAGAGUAAUUACUCAAACGUCCAGAAUUAUGGAUCAUCGUCUAGUUAUUAUGACAGAUUGACAAGUGCUGGCGCGAUUCAGACAGCACGGAACCCUAGCUUUUUCGGUGGCAUGUAUCCAACCAGAUCAUACUACGGAGCAAACUACAAUAACGUCAAUUUCUCUAGAAAUAAUGGCAGAACGUCUGCUCCAGUAACUGGUUCAAAUACUUUCUUUUAUAAUCAAAACGAAACAACUGGCAGUCGAACGGACGACUUUUACGACGAGGUAAACGAAAAGGACAGCCAGGAAGCAUCGGUCGAAGACGACAACGAAUAUAACUCGCUUUAUAAACCUACGAUUCCUACGUAUGUCCUAAGACCAACAGUCGCGACACCUUCUGAGAAUCAGAAUACCAAUGCCAAUGGUGUCGACGUACAUGUAACCGAAGAAUACCAACCAACAGAUUCAGAAACACCUGAGAAUUCUGGAAAUUCACUUGACAGAGUUCCGGGAACUCCGAUAUAUUCAGUAUCCGCGGAAGACUCGUAUUAUGGCUCCGGAUAUUACAAUUCCCGGGGUUUGCCGGGGCCACGUGGGUUUCCGGGACCUCCAGGUGUACCUGGAGGACCCGGUAAGAAGGGAGAAUCGGGAAGAGAUGGGAUAGCGGGGUUGCAAGGUGCACCAGGUCCGCCUGGUAAUGUUUUCAUAAUACCAUCGUUGAACCAACAGAGCAACGAGAAAGGGCCAGACUCCCAGGCGGAAGUUUUGAGGCAAAUGCUUUCGCAGCACUUGACGGCUAUGAGAGGGGCAGAAGGGCCCACAGGAUUGACGGGUUUGCCUGGCCCUGAAGGUCUACCAGGUUCUAAAGGCCAGAAAGGGGAACCUGGCGAAGUUGGUGAACCUGGAUUACGCGGUGAAAGGGGAGUACCAGGAACACCUGGUAGAGAGGGUAGAAGAGGUCGCCCUGGAAGAGAUGGUGAGAGAGGUGUAAGCGGCCCGUCUGGGAUAAAAGGUGAACAAGGCGCAAUUGGUCUGCCAGGAUUACCCGGUGAUAAAGGUGAAAGAGGACCUCCAGGUGCUACUGGUGAACCUGGUUUACCAGGUCACGAAGGGAUGCAAGGUGACGAUGGUCCACCGGGUUUGCCGGGUUUGCCUGGUGAAAUGGGACCAAGAGGAUUCAUAGGACCUCGAGGCUUUCCCGGACUACCGGGUAAUCCCGGGAUUCCUGGGGGUGAAGGUCCACUCGGAGCAAAAGGUAACACUGGACCACAGGGCGCUCCAGGCGCGCCUGGACCAUUAGGACCAUUGGGACCUGUCGGUCCACCUGGGCCUCAAGGUCUUCUGGGACCAACUGGAUUAGUCGGACCGCAAGGGAAACCAGGUAUUCCUGGUCUUCCCGGAGCAGACGGGUCACCCGGUCCUGCAGGUAAUCCGGGUGUUCCUGGAAUGAAAGGUGAACAAGGACCUCAAGGACCGCAAGGUCCAAUAGGCUUCCCAGGACUUCGUGGUGUUAAAGGUGAUGAAGGAAAACGCGGAGCACUAGGUGAACGCGGGGAAAAAGGAGAAAGAGGAACGGAAGGAGAAAAAGGUGAUGCUGGAGCAAAAGGAGAAGUUGGAUCACCGGGACCGCAAGGAAUUCCUGGUUUGGAAGGUUUAGAAGGUCCAAAGGGUUUCGAAGGUCCACGGGGUGAAACGGGACCAGUUGGUGUUUCUGGAGAAAAAGGUAAACCUGGAUCCCCAGGUUUCAUUGGAUAUCCUGGUGGUGCUGGUGAAAAAGGUGAAAAGGGUCAACCAGGAAGGCUGGGUCUCAAAGGGGAUAAAGGAGAAAGGGGAAGUAGUGGCGCAUCUGGAGAACGCGGUGAAGCAGGACCCAGGGGCUUUAGGGGUGUUCGUGGAAGACGAGGUGCCGAAGGUUUGCCAGGUCCAAAAGGUGACACUGGACAACCAGGUCCUCCAGGAUUGCAAGGAGACGUUGGCCAACCUGGCGUUGAAGGUCCCCGCGGUUUUAUAGGAGUUCAAGGACAAGCUGGUCUCGACGGGAAAGAUGGAAUUCCUGGUCCACCGGGAGAACGUGGGCCAGUUGGUGAUUCAGGGCCACCAGGACCUCCGGGAGCACCCGGCGUUAUAGGACCGCAAGGUCCAGCCGGUGAGCCUGGUCAGCCAGGGGAGUCUGGAAGUCCUGGAAAUCCUGGUAUUCCUGGAGAGACAGGUCCUCCUGGUGAGCAAGGAAAGGAUGGGCCACCAGGACCUUCAGGUUUGCCGGGUAAAGAUGGCCCUCCUGGUCCUGGUGGCUUACCAGGAUUUCCUGGUGAACGAGGACAGAAUGGUUUACCGGGAAUGCCGGGUCCGAAAGGAGAAAUGGGAGUGCCGGGACUGCAAGGUCCACCGGGUGAUAAAGGUGCUCAAGGAGAACCUGGUAAAGAUGGCGAAAUUGGACCUCAAGGUACUCAGGGCUCAAAGGGACCACCGGGAUCAGUUGGUUUAAAAGGAGAAAUGGGUGAACCAGGUGCAUCAGGAUCUACCGGACGUGACGGUUUACCAGGGCAACGUGGGUUACCAGGUCCUCCUGGUCCUGUUGGAGUUCCAGGGGAAGAUGGUGAUAAAGGGGAUAUCGGACCACCCGGUGAAAAAGGUUUCAAAGGGUCUCAAGGGGAAAUGGGUCCUCCAGGAUCACCUGGAAUACAAGGGCUCCGAGGAGAACCCGGUGCCAUUGGUUUGCCUGGUGAAAAAGGACCGCCAGGGGAAAUUGGAAGACAAGGUCCAAAAGGUGAAGAUGGCCCUGUUGGUGCGCCAGGUACAUCUGGACCGGUAGGACUGCAAGGAUUACCUGGCCCACCAGGAUCGAAAGGAGAAGCUGGGGAUACUGGUGCACCGGGUCUUAUAGGACCAGCUGGAAGUCCCGGUGAACAAGGUCUACGAGGACCUAAAGGUGCUGAAGGUAUACAAGGCCCUCUAGGACCGGAAGGACGCCAGGGAGAGAAAGGAGACAGUGGAUUACCCGGAAUUCCAGGUGGUGUUGGUCCCGAAGGAAAGCUGGGUGAAAGAGGUCCUUCGGGUCCUAAAGGAGAAGAAGGAAAAAGUGGGCCGCCCGGACCUCCGGGUGUUCGUGGAAUAAAUGGUCCGGAGGGGCCAAAAGGUCACGUAGGUCCCAUUGGUUUCCCAGGGCCUCCUGGAGAGCCGGGGUUAGUCGGUCCAAAGGGAGAGCCUGGUAAAAAUGGCGAAGAUGGUAAGUCUGGUGAUCCUGGGCCGUCAGGAGAAAUUGGACCUCCAGGAAAAGAAGGAUUGCCUGGACCUCCCGGGAAACCGGGGCCAGAAGGCCCAGCAGGACUUCAAGGAAGUCCAGGCCUACCAGGUGAGAAGGGUGAUAUGGGUUUGCCUGGACCCAAAGGGAUUCAAGGCCACACGGGAUCACAAGGUUUACCGGGACCGGAAGGUCUAUCAGGUUUAAGAGGUCUUCCAGGACUUGCAGGAGAGAAUGGGCCACCCGGCAUGCCAGGGGCAAUUGGAGCUCCUGGAAAAGUUGGACCAGUUGGACCCAAAGGUCCAAAGGGUGAAAGGGGUAAAAGAGGACUAAAAGGACAUCGCGGAGACCUAGGUCAUUUAGGCAUCAAAGGCGAACAAGGCGAAAAGGGGGAGCAAGGACCACGAGGAGCUCCUGGACCUGAGGGAGCCAUAGGUAUCCAAGGUGCGCCAGGAUCGACUGGACCCAAAGGAAAUGAUGGACCUGCCGGCCUUCCUGGUAUGGAAGGACCACUUGGGCCGAAAGGUAAUGCUGGAAAUGAUGGAGCAAAGGGUGACGUGGGUCUACCAGGUCCUCCUGGACCACCAGGUCCACCAGCGGAGCAACCGAUGAUUCCACCAGAACUACUGUUCACCAGAGAACACUUAAUAAGGAAGAAGCGGGAUGUUUCGAAAAAUUCAAGUGACGAGAACGAAAAAGGUAAAACUCCAGAGAAUCUAAAUGAAGAUAAUCUUACCGAGGAGGAAUUGGGACCUAAGUUUUUGGACAUCUAUAGUUCGAUAUACUCUAUGAGACAAGAAUUGGACCGAAUACGUAAACCAAUUGGGAGCAGAGAAAAUCCUGUAAGGACUUGCAGGGACUUGUUUUAUGGACAUCCCCACUUUAAUGAUGGCUGGUAUUGGAUCGAUCCAAACUUGGGAAUGGCUGACGAUGCUGUUUACGUUUAUUGUAACAUGACGAAUAUGGGCGAAACUUGCGUGUUUCCUGAUAUUCAUGCGAGCCAAAUGCCGAAUAUUCCAUGGAGAAAGGAAAACAAUAAAACGGAUUGGUACUCGAAUUUGCGCGGUGGAUUUAAAAUUACGUACGAGACUAUCGGAGUGGUACAAUUGAAUUUCCUUCGUCUGUUGAGUCAAGGAGGUUAUCAAAAUUUCACUUAUACUUGCAUUAACAGCGUCGCAUGGUACGAUGCUGCAAAUUCUAAUUACGACACCGCGCUACGAUUGCUCGGUUCGAACGAAGAUGAAUUUUCAUACACCGCCAACAAGCCAGAAAUCGUAACGGAUGGUUGUAAGACCCGCAAGAGUAAAGGAGAAACUGUAUUUUUAGUUCAAACGAAGAAAUUGAAACAAUUACCGUUGGUAGAUUUUUAUCCAAUCGAUUACGGUUCACCCCAUCAGGCAUUCGGUUUUACAUUCGGUCCAAUUUGCUUCAAGUAAAUUGUAUUAUCGAAUUCUCAUUGGCAAGACUGAAUUGUAACUGUACAUUAUGUCUUCCAUUAAUUUUUCACUGUGACAAUGGUAUCAAGAUAAUGAACGUUUAAAUUAUUAACGACUUACGUAUAUUAUUACGCGCGUGCUGUGUGACCGUAAAGAGCACACUAGUGAGAAUAUUAAAGUUUUCCGUGUACUUACUUAUAUCCGUUUCGGUUUAUAUCAUUGAAGAAACAAGGAAUGUGCGAUUCAGAACUCAAGUCGAAUGUAAGGUAAAAAAAAUGUUAUUUAUGUAGAAUACCUUGUUAUAUAGUGUUUGAAUCAGUUUCACUGCCAUUAAUAUGUGAUGCGUAUAUGAUAUUCUAU